UUUUGUUAACUUCGGGAACGCAUGGUCGGAUAGGAGCAAAAACUUAUGGUUCCUUUUCGGCGAACGGAUCGCUGUAACUCAUUGCGAGUGCGUGUCACUUGUUACAUAUAUUUGUGGUACUGUAAAACGACAGAUUAAUCCACCAAAAUGGUUAAGAAAAAGAGGCAGUCAAAGAGAUUGACUUUGAAGAAAAAGUAUAGAAUUCUGAAAAAUAAAAGAGAAUCUAAAAGGAAGAAGAAGAGGGAGAUGAAGAGGCAUCCUGAAAAAUUCCCAAAACAAAAAGAUCCUGGCAUCCCUCUAAAACUCCCAUUCUACAAAGAUGUCAUAGAUGAUUUGCGAGCAUCCAAGGAGGCACACUUGAAGCGUUUGGAAGAGGCAAAGCAACGAAGGAAAGAGAUGAAGAAUCAAAUAAUUGCUCAGAAAAGAAACAUUGGGGAUUUCAGUAUUGAUGAACUACUUGAACAUGCCAAGAAGAAAGGUGAAAAUUUUGAAAAGAAAGAAUCAGAAGAAAGUGAAGAAAGGAAUGGUCUCAAUGAUAGAUCUGCUAGAGCAUACUAUAGAGAAUUUAAAAAGGUCGUAGAAGCAGCUGAUGUUGUUUUGGAAGUGUUAGAUGCCCGAGAUCCUUUAGGAACCCGUGUCCCACAGUUAGAAGCUGUUGUGACAGGCCAGAUGAGCAAAAAGUUAGUUCUCGUUUUAAACAAAGCAGAUUUGGUACCAAGAGAAAACCUGGAAAAAUGGCUGCAGUAUUUGCGACAGGAAUACCCCACCAUAGUUUUCAAGUCUAGUACACAAGUACAAGGCCAUCGUCUUGGCCAAACUUCUGCUAAGAUUAUGAAGAUUGAUGAAGGUGUAAUGCACACAUCAAAAUGCUUAGGUGCAGAUGUUCUUAUGCAGCUUAUGAAAAAUUACUGUCGAAACAAAGACAUCAAGACAUCCAUAACUGUUGGUGUUGUUGGACUCCCCAAUGUUGGCAAGAGCAGCUUAAUCAACAGUUUGAAAAGAAGUAAAUCUUGUGGUGUUGGGGCCACACCAGGUUUUACAAAGUCAAUGCAAGAGAUUAUCCUAGAUUCCAAAGUGAAGUUGUUAGAUUGCCCUGGUAUUGUGUUACCUGGCAAAGAUGCAGAUGAUGCUACUGCAGCUCUCAGGAAUGCUGUCAAGAUUGAAGAACUGCAAGAUUUGUUUACUCCUGUUGAUGCUAUCCUGAAAAGGGCAGAUAAGAGCCAUUUAAUGAUUCACUACCGGUUAGCUGAUUACAAAUCUACAGAUGAUUUUCUGGCGUUGCUUGCAAAACGAUUUGGUAAGCUCAAGAAACAGGGAAUACCUGAUAAAGAGGGAGCUGCCCGAAGACUUCUACAUGACUGGAAUUCGGGUGUCAUAAAGUACUACACACAACCACCAGAAAUGUCUUCAGGACAAGUUGGAGCAUCAUUGACGCAAGAAUUAAGUGUAGAAUUUGAUAUUGACAGUUUAAGAGAUGAUGAAGGGUCAUUAUUAAAAGAGUUACCUAUGCACCGUCCAUCAACGACAAUGAAAGUGACCUCCUUGGGUCCAGUUAAUGAAAUGGAAGUUAAUUAUGAUGAAUACAGUGACAUGGAGGAAGAUGAUGAUCAAGAGGAAACGUCUGGAUUGCUUGGCAAAGAAGUAUGUAUAGAUUUGAAACCUGAGCCUAAGGAUAAAACCAAACCAGAAGAGAAAAAACCAAGAUGGGAAACACAGAUGCCUACUUUCAAUCCUGAAGAAAUGUCGUUGGAGAAGUUUCAGAAGAAAAUGAUGAAGAAAGCACGAAAAGAGAAGAACAGGAAUGUUAAAAGAAUAGAUGGGUUAUUGGAAGGAGUGGAUAAUUUAAAAUGUGGUGAGGAUUAUGAUUUUGCUGAGUAUUUUGGCUAAAUAUAUGUAUAUUUAUAACUAUGAA